AUGCCCCGUAUCAAGUACAACAUUUACCUAAUCAUCGAAAACUUUGAUGGAGUGUUCGGACGCCCCACAGUCGACCCACCCCAAGGCGAUUCAAUUCGACGGGACGAACAUGGCAAAGCUCUCUAUGACUUCGGAUUUCUCGUCAUCCCCGAGCCUUUCCUCGAGGUUAGCCGGUAUUAUCCCGCCUAUCGCUUUGACGCAGCGUACGAUAAGGGACGACUGUGGCCUAUUGAGACUCACGAAAUCUACAAUAACGGGCGGCCGAUCUCCAUGAGCUGCCAUGCCCUGGUUUAUUUGGGUGAAACAGCUGAUCCUAAGUGGGCUUAUAAACUUCUCGAUGAUUUGACAACCGUGGACGAAGUUCGCGAUCUUCAUGAAUAUGCGCGUUGUGCGGGAGAGCCAUGGGCAAUCCGAAUCUUAAAUGAGUUCCUCCACAGGGGCUUGAUUAGGGACUCCGACCCUGCAGAGGUGAUAAACGGCUCGAUUAUCCUUAACACUGGAAUCCUUUUCCUGAGAUCCAAUCCUCCCAGCUCUGGGACGAUCACCUGUGACGUCGACGGACGUCCGCGUUGCAACCCGGAUUGGCUGGACACUAAUGCACAUCACCAAAAGGUACCUAAGAUAAAGUGA